AUGAAGCUGAAGGAAAUUGAUCGUACUGCCAUGCAGGCAUGGAGCCCUUCCCAACAGCACCCCAUUUACCUGGCCACAGGUACAUCAGCUCAGCAGCUAGAUGCAACCUUCAGUACAAGUGCUUCUCUAGAAAUAUUUGAGUUGGACUUAUCAGACCCUUCGCUGGAUAUGAAGUCUUGUGCCACCUUCUCCUCCUCUCACAGGUACCACAAGCUGAUAUGGGGGCCACACAGCAUGACCUCGAGUGAGAGAGUCUCGGGAGUUCUGAUUGCUGGGGGUGAAAAUGGAAAUGUCAUUCUGUAUGACCCAGCCAAAAUCAUAGCUGGAGAUGCUGAAGUAAUAAUUGCCCAGAAAGACAAGCACACUGGACCAGUAAGAGCACUUGAUGUCAACAUGUUCCAGACUAAUCUGGUGGCCUCUGGUGCUAAUGAGUCUGAAAUCUAUGUCUGGGACUUGAACAGUUUUGCUGCACCAAUGACACCAGGAGUGAAGACACAGCCUCUUGAGGACAUCAGCUGCAUCGCAUGGAACAGGCAAGUCCAGCACAUCCUGGCAUCUGCCAGUCCUAGCGGCCGAGCCACUGUGUGGGAUCUCAGGAAGAACGAACCCAUCAUCAAAGUCAGUGACCACAAUAACCGGAUGCACUGCUCAGGCCUUGCAUGGCACCCUGAUGUUGCUACCCAGAUGGUUUUGGCCUCGGAGGAUGACAGAUUGCCUGUGAUUCAGAUGUGGGACCUAAGAUUUGCUUCCUCGCCACUUCGUGUUCUAGAAAGCCAUACAAGGGGUAUUUUGGCCAUUUCUUGGAGUAUGGCAGAUUCAGAGCUGCUACUUAGCUGUGGGAAGGAUGCUAAAAUUCUCUGCUCCAACCCUAACACGGGCGAGGUGCUGUAUGAGUUGCCCACGAACACACAGUGGUGCUUUGAUAUCCAGUGGUGUCCCAGAAACCCUGCUAUCUUGUCUGCAGCUUCGUUCGACGGGAGGAUCAGCGUUUACUCCAUCAUGGGAGGCAGCACAGAUGACUUGAGGCAGAAGCAAGUUGACCAGCUUUCAUCGUCUUUUGGGAACAUUGAUCCAUUUGGUACAGGACAGCCCCUUCCACCCCUGCAGCUUCCCCAGCAGACUGCCCCACAGAGUGUCAUUUUGCCCCUAAAGAAACCACCCAAAUGGAUACGGCGACCCAUGGGAGCAUCGUUCUCGUUUGGAGGCAAGCUGGUUACAUUUGAGAAUGCCAAGGGACAGCAGCAGCCAGGCAUCGAGCAGCAGCAGCAGCGUCACCAUGUCUAUGUGAGCCAGGUUAUUACAGAGAAGGAGUUUCUGGCCCGCUCAAACCAGCUGCAGGAGGCUGUGCAGUCCGAAGGCUUCGUCAGCUACUGCCAGAAGAAAAUCGACAUGGCCCAGGCUGACUUUGAGAAAAAUGUGUGGGCCUUCUUAAAGGUGAACUUUGAAGAAGAUUCACGUGUUAAAUACCUUGAGCUCUUGGGAUACAGGAAAGAUGAUCUGAGGAAGAAGAUUAUGUCUGCUCUGAAUAAAGAAGGUCUUGCAGAUGGUGACUUGGGAGAGGAUCCUGCAGAAUCUGAUGAACCUGUGCCAAGCGAGGGGGACAAAGGCCAGGCUACAGAGGAGCAGUUCCUGGGAGAG